AUGGGAGAAGCAGCAGCCGUAGAGCAGGUGCUGGAGGGUUUCCAUCUCUUGUUCGCAGAGCAUGCAGCGUGGGUGGUGCUGGAGGCCUCGGCGUUGAAGGCGAGCAGCAGUCCAGCACCUGUCGAGGUUGGACAGCCAGUUGAAGAACUUGUUGCUCGGGGGAGCCCAGGUUUUCCAAGUGAGGUGCCAGGCGUCGCUCAGGGUGCAGCCAAGGAAGGUGGCCUUAUAGCACGAACCAGCGGUGUAGGUGCCGCUGUUGUUCCACUUCGAGAUCAUGGUGUCGGCUUGGUUGGUCAGCUUUAUGUGUUCAAGCCGACGCCAGAGCAGCAGAUACUCACCGAUCUCAUCAAUGCCCAAAGUUGGCCUUUCAAUGGGGUUCUAGAGGAAGGAACAUCUUCAGCGGUUGUUAGAGCAGCAGGUCACCUUUUCCAGGCGCAAGUAGAACUCGUGACAUGUGUUAUGCAGGCUGGUAAAAGGCAGGAGAAGAUGGUGUCGGUGUCCUUCACAGCCGCCAAGUUCCUGGCGACGGCAGCUGUGUCAUCCGUUAGCACUCUCUGCCUCGGGCCGGCUCAGCUUCUAGGCUCCAUCCUCGCGGUCUCCGCCGGAAACAAGGCUGCGUCCUCCGCCUCCCCACAGCCGCUUUUGUGGAAAAGAUGCAUACUGGAGCUGACCUAAUCUCAUUGGACAGUUUGGUGUUGGCAUCUACUCAAUAUACUUGGUGGCUUACUAUGUUGAAGUUGUCAACAAGCACAAUGAUGGCAAACAAUAUGUGUGGGAGUCCAAAGCUGAUGGACCAUUUGCUAUCUCCGAGGAUACAUGGAAUGAACCCCUUGGCUGUGGAUCUGAUAUGUGUGGGA